CAUUCAUGCCCCCCAUCAAUUUUAAUUUUAAUUUAAUGCACCCCCCCCAUUCAACAUAUAUUAAUACCGGAGUAUUUCCAUAAUAUAACCCCCCUUUCUUCUUCUUCUUGAUAUCCCCCUCCUCCUCGCCUCGCCACUGUAACGCUCCCUAUCUGAUCGAUCUCCUACGCGCAUUGCUCCCGAAUCCCCAUCUCUCUCUCGGAUCCACUCUGGGUUUCUUUCCGCCAUGGGCAAAGGAGGAGCUCUGAGCGAGGGCGUGGUGAAGAAGAUCUUGAUUUCCUACGCCUAUGUCGCCGUCUGGAUCUUCCUCUCCUUCACUGUCAUCGUCUACAACAAGUACAUCCUCGAUCGCAAGCUCUACAAUUGGCCCUACCCCAUCUCCCUCACCAUGAUCCACAUGUCCUUCUGCUCCUCCCUGGCCUACCUCCUCGUCCGGGUCCUCAAGGUUUUCGAACCCGUCUCCAUGUCCUGGGAUCUCUACCUCAAAUCCGUCGUCCCCAUCGGCCUUCUCUAUUCCCUCUCCCUCUGGCUCUCCAAUUCCGCCUAUAUUUUCCUCUCCGUCUCCUUCAUUCAGAUGCUCAAAGCCCUGAUGCCCGUCGCCGUCUACUCCAUCGGGGUUCUCUUCAAAAAGGAGUCUUUCAAGUCCGAGACCAUGGCCAAUAUGGUCUCGAUCUCCAUCGGGGUUGCCAUCGCCGCCUACGGCGAGGCUAAAUUCGACUCCUGGGGAGUGAUUCUCCAGCUUGGCGCUGUGGCUUUCGAGGCCACCAGGCUGGUCAUGAUCCAGAUUCUUCUCACCUCCAAGGGUAUUACGCUUAAUCCCAUUACAUCUCUCUAUUAUGUGGCUCCCUGUUGCUUGGCUUUCCUGUUUGUGCCUUGGGUUCUGGUCGAGUUCCCCGUUCUCAAGGAGAAUUCCAGUUUCCAUUUGGACUAUUUCAUCUUUGGUACCAAUUCUUUCUGUGCAUUUGCUCUGAACCUCGCCGUUUUCUUGCUCGUGGGAAAGACUUCGGCUUUGACUAUGAAUGUGGCUGGCGUGGUUAAGGACUGGCUGCUGAUUGCCUUCUCCUGGUCUGUGAUUAAGGACACUGUGACCCCUAUCAAUUUGUUGGGAUACGGCCUGGCUUUCUUGGGUGUGGGUUACUACAAUCACUCCAAAUUGCAGGCCCUAAAAGCUAAGGAGGCGCAGAAGAAGACUGCACAGCCCGAUGAGGAGGCUGGCCGGUUGUUAGAGGCAAGGGAUGCUGAAAACGAUAGGAAGAAUGAGUCUCAGGGCUAAGUUAAGAAAUCCUUGCUUCGAUACUUGCAGCUUUGCAGGAUGCUAUAGGAUGAGAAGAAUUGAGAUAAUGAAGAUGAUCCGGUGGGUUUCUGUUCGCCGAGGACUCACACUUCUUAGGUGCCUUAUUUAAUAAUCUCUCUUGUUUUGUUCUUUGCUAUGUGUUUUUUGUCCAUCUAAUAUUUUAGCUAUAAAUCGGUCUCUUUCUUUAUGCGGUCUAUAAUGGAUCUGACUUAUUAUUCGUUGCUUGUAUUGCCACAUCCCAUAUGUGUAUGUGUCUUGAGCAGACUUGAGGCUCACUAUCUCUUUUUCCGAACAUAAUGCAUACGGAGUACUAUUUAUUGUUGUAGCUCUUAAUUUCAUGAGACGGGUUUUCUUCGUGUUCGUUUAUCUUGUUCCAUAUAAAUCACCCUGCCUUAAGCAAUCUCUCGAUUACCAACCCUUGAUUGCAUGGUGCAUACUGUUUAAAAAAGUAUUACUGAAUGG